AUGUCUGCUACGACCACCACGCUCGCGACCGCCACUCUUGUCGGAACCCCCUCUGCUAUGAAGACUGUCGCUACAGUUAAAGAAAACCACUGUCCAACGUGUGGAUCUGGCGACUCGUAUGAUCCCUCCGAGGCCCAGCUCCGGAUCCAGGAGUUGGAGGGGCAGAUUCAAGACCUGACCCAUCGUGUCGCUUUAGAUGCAAACAAACUCGCCGACUACGAAGAUGAGAUCACACGACUGCGCAAAUCCCAAACUCAUACGCACACCCGAGGAUCCUACGACACACCCCGCAGCAGCGCCUCUCUCCCAUCUUCCCACGCCGAUAGGUUGACACUCUCGCCAACCCAAAUCGCCGGCACACCAGAUACAGCUUCUCAACCGACAACCUACCACAGUCGCCUCGCAACACUCACAUCACUCCUUCCCUACCGCCGCGGAAGCUCAACGACCAGCGCACCCGCGAGCACACCCGCACCAGCCUUACCAACCACCCCAACCUCACUCCCACCCCUCCCUCAAUCUUCGCCCGCCAACAGCGACAACGCCGAGCUCCAAGACGCUCUUACGCGCGAACAAGGCCUCCGCAAAGCAGCAGAGUCUCAGCUGUCUCUCGCAAGCAACGAGCUAGAAGAGCUAACAGUACAGCUCUUCAGCCAAGCAAACGAGAUGGUCGCGCAAGAGCGGAAGGCGCGCGCAAAGCUCGAAGAACGGGUCGCUAUUCUUGAGCGUCGAGACGUCGAGAAACGGACCCGGUUGGAAAAGCUGGAGAAAUCCAUGGCGAGAGUGGACAGGCUGAAGGCUUUGGUCAAUUCAUGA